AUGGGGCCGGGGCCCCGGGGCCGCCGCCCCCGCCGCCGUCGCCCGAUGUCGCCGCCACCACCCCUGCCGUCCGUGCGGACGCUGCCCUUAUUGCUGCUGCUAGCGGGGCCGGGGGCUGCAGCCCCCCCUUGCCUGGACGGAAGCCCGUGUGCGAACGGAGGUCGCUGCACCCAGCUGCCCUCCCGGGAGGCUGCCUGCCUGUGCCCACCAGGCUGGGUGGGUGAACGGUGUCAGCUGGAAGACCCCUGCCAUUCUGGCCCCUGUGCUGGCCGUGGUGUCUGCCAGAGCUCGGUGGUGGCGGGGACUGCCCGGUUCACCUGCCGCUGUCCCCGGGGCUUCCGAGGCCCCGACUGCUCCCUGCCAGACCCCUGCCUCAGCAGCCCCUGUGCCCAUGGUGCCCGCUGCUCGGUGGGCUCCGAUGGCCGCUACCUGUGCUCCUGCCCACCCGGCUACCAGGGCCGCAGCUGCCGGAGUGAUGUAGAUGAAUGCCGGAUGGGUGGGCCCUGCCGCCACGGUGGCACCUGCCUCAACACGCCUGGCUCCUUCCGCUGCCAGUGCCCAGGUGGCUACACCGGGCCACUGUGUGAGAGCCCCGCGGCGCCCUGUGCUCCCUCCCCGUGCCGUAACGGGGGCACCUGUAGACAGAGCGGCGACCUCACCUAUGACUGUGCCUGCCUUCCUGGGUUUGAGGGCCAGAACUGUGAAGUGAAUGUGGAUGACUGUCCAGGGCACCGGUGUCUAAAUGGGGGGACGUGCGUGGACGGUGUCAACACCUACAACUGCCAGUGCCCUCCUGAGUGGACAGGCCAGUUCUGUACGGAGGACGUGGACGAGUGUCAGCUGCAGCCCAACGCUUGCCACAACGGGGGCACCUGCUUCAACACAUUGGGUGGCCACAGUUGUGUGUGUGUCAAUGGCUGGACAGGCGAGAGCUGCAGUCAGAAUAUUGAUGACUGUGCCACAGCUGUGUGCUUCCACGGGGCCACUUGCCAUGACCGUGUGGCCUCUUUUUACUGUGCCUGCCCCAUGGGCAAAACUGGACUUUUGUGUCAUCUGGACGAUGCUUGUGUCAGCAACCCCUGUCAUGAGGAUGCCAUCUGUGACACUAAUCCAGUGAAUGGCCGGGCCAUCUGCACCUGUCCACCGGGUUUCACAGGUGGAGCUUGCGACCAGGACGUGGAUGAGUGUUCCAUUGGUGCCAAUCCUUGUGAGCACCUGGGCCGGUGUGUGAACACACAGGGCUCAUUCCUGUGCCAGUGCGGCCGUGGCUACACCGGUCCGCGCUGUGAGACCGAUGUCAAUGAAUGCCUCUCCGGUCCCUGCCGCAACCAGGCCACGUGUCUGGACCGCAUAGGCCAGUUUACCUGCAUCUGCAUGGCAGGUUUCACAGGCACCUAUUGUGAGGUGGACAUGGAUGAGUGUCAGAGCAGCCCGUGUGUUAACGGUGGGGUCUGCAAGGACAGAGUCAAUGGCUUCAGCUGCACGUGCCCCUCGGGCUUCAGUGGGGCCAUGUGUCAGCUGGACGUGGAUGAGUGCGCCAGCACACCCUGCCGGAACGGAGCCAAGUGCGUCGACCAGCCAGAUGGCUACGAGUGCCGCUGCGCGGAGGGCUUUGAGGGCACAGUGUGUGAGCGCAACGUGGAUGACUGCUCGCCAGACCCUUGCCACCACGGGCGCUGUGUGGACGGCAUUGCCAGUUUCUCGUGCGCCUGUGUCCCGGGCUAUACCGGCAUGCGCUGUGAAAGCCAGGUGGAUGAAUGCCGAAGCCAGCCCUGCCGACACGGGGGCAAAUGCCUAGACCUGGUGGACAAAUACCUCUGCCGCUGCCCUCCUGGCACCACAGGUGUGAACUGUGAGGUGAACACUGAUGAUUGUGCUAGCAACCCCUGCACCUUUGGAGUCUGCCGGGACGGCAUCAACCGCUAUGACUGUGUCUGCCAGCCUGGAUUCACAGGGCCCCUCUGCAACGUGGAGAUCAACGAGUGUGCGUCCAACCCCUGCGGCGAGGGAGCCUCCUGCGUGGAUGGUGAAAAUGGCUUCCGAUGCCUCUGCCCACCUGGCUCCCUGCCCCCACUCUGCCUUCCCCCAAGCCAUCCUUGUGCCCAGGAACCCUGCAGUCAUGGCGUCUGCCACGAUGCGCCUGGAGGGUUCCGCUGUGUGUGUGAACCUGGCUGGAGUGGCCCUCAGUGCAGUCAGAGCCUCACUCGAGAUGCCUGUGAAUCCCAUCCCUGCCAGGCAGGCGGCACCUGCACCAGUGAUGGAAUGGGCUUCCGCUGCACCUGUCCCCCUGGUAUCCAGGGCCAUCAGUGUGAGCUGCUGUCCCCCUGCACCCCGAAUCCCUGUGAGCAUGGGGGCUACUGUGAGUCUGCUCCUGGCCAGCUGGCUGUCUGCUCCUGCACCCCUGGUUGGCAAGGCCCACGAUGUCAGCAGGAUGUGGAUGAGUGUGCUAGCCCCUCACCCUGUGGUCCCCAUGGUACCUGCACCAACCUGGCAGGGAGUUUCAGCUGUACCUGCCACGAGGGCUACAGUGGCCCUUCCUGUGAUCAGGACAUCGAUGACUGUGACCCCAACCCCUGCCUGAAUGGUGGCUCAUGUCAGGACGGGGUGGGCUCCUUUUCCUGCUCCUGCCUCCCUGGCUUUGCUGGCUCCCGCUGUGCCCGAGACGUGGACGAGUGUCUGAGCAGCCCCUGCGGCUCAGGCACCUGCACAGACCACGUGGCCUCCUUCACCUGCACCUGCCCGCCGGGUUAUGGCGGCUUCCACUGCGAGCAGGACCUCCCUGACUGCAGUCCCAGCUCCUGCUUCAAUGGAGGGACCUGCGUGGAUGGUGUGAACUCAUUCACCUGUCUGUGCCGCCCGGGCUACACUGGCACACACUGCCAACAUGAGGCGGACCCUUGCCUCUCACGGCCCUGCAUGCACGGGGGCGUCUGCACUGCCGCCCACCCCGGCUUCCACUGCGCCUGCCCAGACGGCUUCACCGGUGCUCAGUGCCAGACGCUGGUGGACUGGUGCAGCCACUCGCCCUGUCAGAAUGGGGGUCGCUGUGCCCGGACAGGGGCCUCUUUCUACUGCCUUUGCCCCCCCGGGUGGAGCGGCCGCCUAUGUGACAUCCGGAGCCUGCCCUGCAGAGAGGCCGCAGCCCAAAUCGGAGUGCCCACGGAGCAGCUGUGUCAGGCGGGUGGGCAGUGUGUGGACAAGGACAGCUCCCACUACUGUGUGUGCCCAGAGGGCCACACUGGCAGCCACUGUGAGCAGGAGAUGGACCCCUGCUUGGCUCAGCCCUGCCAGCAUGGGGGCACCUGCCGAGGCUACGUGGGCGGUUAUGUGUGUGAGUGUCCAGCUGGCUACACUGGUGACAACUGUGAGGAUGAUGUAGACGAGUGUGCCUCCCAGCCCUGCCAGCAUGGGGGCAUCUGCAUUGACCUCGUGGCCCACUAUCUCUGCUCCUGUCCCCCAGGGACGCUGGGUGUGCUCUGCGAGAUUAAUGAGGAUGACUGUGGCCCAGGCCCAGCCCUGGACCUGGGGCCCCGGUGCCUGCACAACGGUACCUGCGUGGAUCUGGUGGGUGGUUUCCGCUGCACCUGCCCCCCAGGAUACACUGGCCUGCGCUGUGAGGGGGACAUCAAUGAAUGUCGCCCAGGUGCCUGCCACGCGGCACAUAGCCGGGACUGCCUGCAGGACCCAGGUGGGGGCUUCCGCUGCUUGUGUCACCCUGGCUUCACAGGUCCCCGCUGUCAGACUGUUUUGUCUCCCUGUGAGUCUCAGCCUUGCCAGCAUGGAGGCCAGUGCCGUCCCAGCCCGGGCCCUGGGGGUGUGCUGACCUUCUCUUGCCACUGCAUCCCGCCGUUCUGGGGCCCGCGUUGCGAGCGGGUGGCACGCUCCUGCCGGGAGCUGCAGUGCCCAGUGGGUGUCCCGUGCCAGCAGACGGUCCGUGGACCGCGCUGCGCCUGCCCCCCGGGGCUGUCGGGUCCCGCCUGCCGGGGUUCCCGGGGGUCGCCCCCCGGGGCCGCCAAUGCCAGCUGCGUGACCUCUCCCUGCCUUCACGGGGGCUCCUGCCGCCCGGAGCCGCUCGCGCCCUUCUUCGGCUGCGCUUGCGCGCCAGGCUGGACCGGGCCGCGCUGCGAGGUGCCCGCGACGAUGCCCGAGGUAUCCGUGCCGAUGCCCGAGGUCCCGGAGGAGCCGGCGUGCCCGAGAGCCUCCUGCGAGGCCAAGAGCGGCGACAAGAACUGCGACCGCGAGUGCAACAGCCCCGGCUGCGGCUGGGACGGCGGCGACUGCUCGCUGAGCGUGAGCGACCCCUGGCGGCAGUGCGCGGCGCUGCAGUGCUGGCUCCUGUUCAACAACAGCCGCUGCGACCCCGCCUGCAGUUCGCCCGCCUGCCUCUACGACAACUUCGACUGCCGCGCCGGCGGCCGCGAGCGCACCUGCAACCCAGUGUAUGAGAAGUACUGCGCGGACCACUUCGCUGACGGCCGCUGCGACCAGGGCUGCAACACAGAGGAGUGCGGCUGGGAUGGCCUGGACUGUGCGGGUGAGGUGCCCGCCCUGCUGGCCCGCGGUGUCCUGGUGCUCACAGUGCUGCUGCCGCCGGAGGAGCUGCUGCGCUCCAGCGCCGACUUCCUGCAGCGGCUCAGCGGCAUCCUGCGCACCUCGCUGCGCUUCCGUCUGGACGAGAACGGCCAGGCCAUGGUCUUCCCUUACCACCGGCCCGGGCCUGGCGCUGAAUCCCGGAACCGGCGGGAGCUGGCCCCCGAGGUGAUCGGCUCUGUAGUGAUGCUGGAAAUUGACAACCGUCUGUGCCUGCAGUCACCAGAGAACGACCACUGUUUCCCUGACGCUCAGAGUGCGGCGGACUAUUUGGGAGCGUUGUCGGCAGUGGAGCGUCUCGACUUCCCCUACCCACUGCGGGCGGCGCGGGGGGAGCCAGUGGAGCUGCCGGAACCAAGCGUGCCGCUGUUACCGCUGCUGGCGGCCAGUGGCAUCUUCCUGUUGGUCCUCCUGGUCCUCGGGGUCAUGGUGGCCCGCCGCAAGCGUGAGCACAGCACCCUCUGGUUCCCCGAGGGCUUCGCGCUGCACAAGGAUGUGGCCGUGGGACACAAGGGCCGGCGGGAACCCGUGGGCCAAGACGCACUGGGCAUGAAGAACAUGGCCAAGGGUGAGAGUCUGAUGGGGGAGGUGGCCACCGACUGGAUGGACACAGAGUGCCCCGAGGCCAAGCGACUGAAGGUGGAGGAGCCUGGUGUGGGGACUGAGGACGCUGUGGAUUGCCGCCAGUGGACUCAACACCACCUGGUUGCUGCUGACAUCCGCGUGGCACCAGCCAUGGCCUUGACACCACCGCAGGGUGAUGCAGAUGCGGAUGGCAUGGAUGUCAACGUGCGCGGUCCAGAUGGCUUCACCCCUCUAAUGCUGGCCUCCUUCUGCGGGGGAGCCCUGGAGCCAAUCCCAACCGAAGAGGACGAGGCAGAAGACACAUCAGCCAGCAUCAUCUCAGACCUGAUCUGCCAGGGGGCACAGCUUGGGGCUCGGACUGACCGCACUGGUGAGACGGCCCUGCACCUGGCUGCCCGCUAUGCCCGGGCUGAUGCCGCCAAGCGGCUGCUGGAUGCUGGGGCAGACACCAAUGCCCAGGACCACUCUGGCCGCACCCCCCUGCACACGGCUGUCACUGCCGAUGCCCAGGGCGUCUUCCAGAUUCUUAUCCGGAACCGCUCUACAGACCUGGAUGCUCGCAUGGCAGACGGCUCCACGGCACUGAUCCUGGCAGCCCGCCUGGCGGUGGAGGGCAUGGUGGAAGAGCUCAUCGCCAGUCAUGCUGAUGUCAAUGCUGUGGAUGAGCUCGGAAAAUCGGCCUUACACUGGGCUGCAGCUGUCAACAACGUGGAGGCCACCUUGGCUCUGCUCAAAAAUGGAGCCAACAAGGACAUGCAGGAUAGCAAGGAAGAGACUCCACUGUUCCUGGCCGCCCGGGAGGGCAGCUUCGAGGCGGCCAAGCUGCUGCUAGACCACUUUGCCAACCGGGAGAUCACAGACCACCUGGACAGGCUGCCCCGGGACGUGGCGCAGGAGAGGCUGCACCAGGACAUCGUGCGCUUGCUGGACCAGCCCAGCGGGCCCCGGAGCCCCCCUGGCCCCCACGGCCUGGGGCCCUUGCUCUGUCCGCCCGGGGCCUUCCUCCCCGGCCUCAAGGUGGCGCAGUCCGGGGCCAAGAAGAGCCGGAGGCCCCCGGGGAAGGCGGGGCUGGGGCCGCAGGGCCCCCGGGGGCGGGGCAAGAAGCUGACGCUGGCCUGCCCCGGGCCCUUGGCCGACAGCUCGGUCACGCUCUCGCCCGUGGACUCGCUGGACUCCCCGCGGCCCUUUGGCGGGCCCCCCGCGUCCCCUGGCGGCUUCCCCCUCGAGGGGCCCUACGCGGCCGCCACGGCCACGGCCGUGUCUCUGGCGCAGCUGGGUGGCGCGGGCCGGGCGGGUCUAGGGCGCCAGCCCCCCGGGGGCUGCGUGCUCAGCCUGGGCCUGUUGAACCCCGUGGCCGUACCCCUCGACUGGGCCCGGCUGCCCCCACCCGCCCCUCCAGGUCCCUCCUUCCUGCUGCCGCUGGCCCCGGGACCCCAGCUGCUGAACCCCGGGAAUCCCGUGUCCCCCCAGGAGCGGCCCCCGCCCUACCUGGCCGCCCCAGGACACGGCGAGGAGUUCCCCGCGGUGGCUGGGGCCCACGGCAGCCCCCCCAAGGCCCGCUUCCUGCGGGUCCCCAGCGAGCACCCUUACUUGACCCCAUCCCCCGAGUCCCCCGAGCACUGGGCCAGCCCCUCCCCGCCCUCACUCUCGGACUGGUCUGACUCCACGCCCAGCCCGGCCACUGCCACCGGGGCCUCGGCCACCGCUGCUGGGUCCCUGUCGGCCCAGCCGCUCCCCUUGUCGGUCCCUGGCGCUCUUGCUCAGGCCCAGACCCAGCUGGGGCCCCAGCCUGAAGUCACCCCCAAGAGGCAAGUGUUGGCCUGAGGGCUCCCCAGUUCCUGGAUUUGGGGAGGCUGAAGGGGCAGCCCGUCAUGAUUCCCCUUUCUCUCUCCCCUUUUAGUCCAUUUCAUUGUUUCUCCUUUUCUCCUGCACACCGCCCUCCUUGCAGUGUGACCAAGAUAGGUCACCAGGCUAGGGCUUCAGUCUUCCUUUAUUUAUAAGGGGUGCAGGCUAAACCUCACCCUUGGGUCCUGUGGUGAGUCUAGGACAUCCACCUGCCUCUCCCCUCAUCCUGUGGCCAACACCCCCCUACCCCCAUUCUCUCUUUCCCCUUUUUCUUGCCUCUUCUGGCCCCCCUCUCUCACUCCUCCUGCUCUGACACAAGUGGAUUAUUAUUAUUUUUUUUACAUUUUGUAUAGAAACAAAUUCAUUUAAACAAACUUAUUAUUAUUAUUAUUUUUUACAAAAUAUAUAUAUGGAGAUGCUCUCUGCCCCCCUGCGAACCCCCCCAGUGCCCCCGUGGGGCUGAGUCUGUGGGCCCAUUCGGCCAAGCUGGAUUCUGUGUACCAAGUACACAGGCAUGACCGGGCUCCUGUGUACCAAGUACACAACCCUGGUGUGUACCAAGUAGGCACCCUUGGGCGCACCCUCCGGGGCUAGGGGUCGGGUGAGACCUGGGAGCCUCCUCCCUGUUCCACCUCCCUCACUUCACUGCAUUCCAGAUGGAACUUAUUAUAGAGCUUUGCCCUCUGGCCCAGAGAGCCUGCCCACAGUCCCUCCACCCCUAUCCUAGGGUGUGGGCCUUCUCCCUUUGGGAGCUGGGAGGGUGGGGUGGCUGGUGGGAAUAUGAGGACCAGGGGAGAUGUGUGCAUUCUGCUUUGUCUCCCUGUAAACAAUGGGCCUGCAGGAAGAGAAGGAGCUGCCUGCCUGGCACCUCUUCUUCCUGGUACUCCCCUGGCCCAGCCUCAGGGCAAAAUAGAAGUAUUUGUAGGCUAUUUUUGUAAUAUAGCUUCUGGUCACAAUUCCUGUGUAGCUAAGUCCCCAGGCCUUGCAUUGUACAGCCCCCUGUUCCGUCACCACCUAAUAAAGGAAUA